UCAACUUGCCUCACUUGAAGCUACAAUCAAGAAAUCCACAUUUCUCCUCGGAAAGUCAAAGGCAAGAAACACCAUGGAUGCCACUGCCAUCGGCAACGGCGCCCUGCACUCCAAUGGCGCCGGCGCCGACACCAAAGGGAAGCCGAUCAAAUGCAAAGCGGCGGUGGCGCACGGCCCCGGCGAGGCGCUGGUGAUGGAGGAGGUGGAGGUGGCGCCGCCGGCGAGGAUGGAGGUGCGCCUCAAGGUGCUCUUCACCUCUAUCUGCCAUACCGACCUCAGCGCCUGGAAAGGAGAGAACGAGCUUCAGCGAAAGUUUCCUCGCAUAUUGGGUCAUGAGGCAGCAGGGGUGGUGGAGAGCGUGGGAGAGGGUGUGGAGGAUCUUGCCCCUGGAGAUCAUGUUGUCCCCAUCUUCACCGGCGAGUGUGGUGCGUGCACCUACUGCGAGUCCAGCAAGAGCAACCUAUGCAAAACCUACCGUGUCAACCCAUUCAAGAGCACCAUGGUCACCGAUGGUGGCACGAGGUUCACCAUGAUCGACCGCUCCUCCGGUGCACGCAACCCGGUCUACCAUUUUCUCAACACUUCCACCUUUGCUGAGUACACUGUGAUUGACUCCGCUUGCGCUGUCAAGAUCAACCCUAAGGCUCCCUUGGAGAAGAUGAGUCUCCUCAGCUGUGGGGUCUCCACAGGAGUGGGAGCUGCAUGGAACACUGCAAACGUCUCCAAGGGGUCCACAGUGGCAAUAUUUGGGCUUGGUGCCAUUGGUCUUGCGGUUGCCGAAGGUGCCAGAUUGAGAGGAGCAUCUCGAAUCAUCGGAGUUGACAUAAACCCUGAAAAAUUCUCCAAAGGCAAAGAGAUGGGCAUCACUGACUUCAUCAACUCGAAGGCAUCUGGCAAGCCUGUCCACGAGGUUAUCAUGGAGAUGACAGAUGGCGGUGUCGACUACAGCUUCGAGUGCACCGGCAUCACCGAUGUUCUACGGGAGGCCUUCGUUUCCACACAUGAUGGAUGGGGCCUGACCGUUGUGCUGGGGAUCCAUGCAACGCCCAGGAUGCUGCCGCUGCAUCCAAUGGAGUUAUUUGACGGCCGUCGGAUCACUGGCUGCGUUUUUGGUGACUUCAAGGGAAAGUCCCAGCUGCCUGAAAUCGUGGAGAAGUGCAUGCAGGGUGAGAUUAACAUAAAUUUUGAUGGGUUCAUAACACAAGAGUUGCCCUUCGCCGACAUCAACAAAGCUUUCCAGCUGCUGGAAGAGGGGAAGUCACUCAGAUGUCUGCUCCAUGUCUGAUGAAACUUGUGGAUUGUAAAUUUGAAUACACAAUAAAUGAAUCAUAAAUGUUUUCGCGGUUUCAAGGUGUAUAAUUUUCAUAUGCAUGUAUGUUUUGUACAUAAAAUGGGUUGAACUUCGUUAAAGAAAAGACAAAUUGUUAAUUAGUAGAAUGCAGUAUUAAUAUUUGUAACAGGUGAGUGUGGGUGUGCAGUCGCGAGAAUUGAGCACACGAUUGGUUACAUACAUGCUCGAGUUGCUAGUCAGUAGGGCCACACACCAUUUUUAUCUAUUACAUACGAGUUACAGUCUAAUUUUAUUAUAGUUACAUAUAAAUGUUCUCUACCAAAAAAACUGUCUGAAUGUUGAUAUUUGUAAUAGAGUUAGCACAGGUUUCUUCUGUAUACUAUUAUCAUGGUUUCCUACACAAUAAUUGUAAAAUGUUCUUUUGAA